CAUAAAUUAUUAUUAUUUUUUCAAUAGUGGACAAAACAGUUUAAAGAAAACUGUUGUAAAGCAACUUGAAUUUUUUUUAUAAUGGUAUUUUUGUCCAGCACAAAGAAAGAGAAACCUCAAUGGGGUAAACUAUUGACACUGGUGGGUUAUGCUUCAACAUUCGGUGCUGCUGUACCGGUGGGCUAUUGUAUUGGUGUAAUUAAUAGUCCGGCUACGCUGGUUAAAUCUUGGUGUAGAGAAAGUCUACUGCAGCGUUAUGAUUCCUAUUUAAAUGACUCAAGUUUGGAUGUGUUAUGGGCUUCGAUAGUAUCGGUGUUUUUGGUGGGUGGCGCUAUAGGCUCUUUAGGUGGAGCUGGUGCUGCCAAUAAGUUUGGAAGAAAAGGCUGUUUUCUCAUUAGUGGUCUACUCUUUGCCAUAGGAGCCAUUUUAUUCUUUUUCUGUCGCAUGGCCAACUCAGUGAAAAUGUUAAUUCUGGGACGUCUUUUAGUAGGUUUAGCCUCUGGUCUAACCACGGCCACCUUACCGAUGUAUUUAACUGAAAUUGCUCCUUUGGUAUUGCGUGGCACAUUGGGUGUAUUCUGUGCGGUUGGUGUUACAGGAGGCGUUGUUGUGGGUCAAGUUUUUAGUUUGCGAAAUAUAUUUGGAACUGCUGAACUAUGGCAUUAUGCCCUCAGUUUCUAUAUAGUUCUAGUAAUAAUCUGUUAUUUACCUUCAUAUUACUUUCCCGAAAGUCCCAAAUAUCUGUAUAUAGUACGCGGUAAUCGUGAGGAAGCCCAACGUGAACUUUUACGCUUAAGAGGUCCUAAUGCUGAGGCUAUCAUUAAACAGGAAAUUGAAGAAAUGGAUUUGGAAUUAAAUACUAAAGUACAGACCAGUAGUUUUGGUUCGGUACUAAGAGAUCCUGCCUUAUUUUUGCCUUUAUUAAUCGUUUGUUGUUUCCAUGGUGGUCAACAGUUGUCGGGUAUAAAUGCGAUUUUCUAUUACUCGGUGUCUAUAUUUGAAAAAGCUGGUCUUUCUACUGCUGAUGCUGAGUGGGCCAAUUUGGGUGCUGGUUGCUUAAAUUUGGCCACUUCGUUCUUGGGCCCUUUACUUAUGGCCAAAGUUAAUCGCCGUCCUUUAAUGAUGUUUUCUUGUGCUAUUUGUGCUGGUUUUCUCUUCACCAUUGCCUUUGUUUUACAUUAUAUCGAAGUAGCUAGCUGGUUCCCCAUAGCUUGUAUUGUUUGCAUAAUGGGCUAUAUAUUCUUUUACCAAUUCGGUUUGGGUCCCAUACCAUAUUUUAUUGGUUCUGAACUUUUUGAAGUAGCUCCUCGUCCUGUUGCCAUGUCUAUGGGUAGCUUAGCUUCUUGGUCUUGCAAUUUUAUUAUAGGUAUGGCUUUUCCUCCUCUCUCUAAUGCCUGGGGUGCCUUUGUCUUCUUGCCAUUUUCGGUGACCUGUACUCUACUCUUUGUUCUUACAAAAUUCUAUUUGCCAGAAACUCGUGGUAAAGAUCCCUCAGAAGUAGCACCUUUGGUUGCCAAAGGUUUUCGUUCUAAAGUGCAAUAACUUGUUAAUCAAAAAAAAAAAAAAAAAAUUAUAUUAAUUUUAAUCAAACUUUUCUAAGAUUUAAGUUAAAGCAUUAUUCUAGCUAAUUAACUCAAGUGUUCAAAAUUUAUAUGGAAAAUUGUAACAAUAAUAUAUAAAGUGAUAAUUCUUAAUAGAUCUAUUGUAAUAACUAUUCUUUGAAGUAACUCCUUGGUUAUAAAGUUACUUUUUAGUUUUAGUCAAUUUGCAUAAAGUUUCUUUUGUUUUAAUUUGUAA